CCCAGACCUUCAUCCCCCUGUCCCAGUCCCCGAGCCCGUCUCUGCCCCAGUCUCGCUCUUCACCGCACCCCGGCGCCUCCAUUGCGUCCCCUCCCCCCACCUCCUCGUGGCACCCCCAUCUGCUCCCCGCCCCCUCUAGCCGGGGAAAGGCCAGCUGACGCUUCCGGCACCGCCCCUUUCCCGGCAGGGCCGCGCCCCGAGCUUCCCGCCCGCGGGAACAACACCGCCCCCCGCGCGCCACGCCUCGCCCCGCCGCCCGCCGGGGUCUCCCAAGCCCGCUCCGCGCAGGGCGGGGUUCUUCCUCUGCAGCGGGCAGACCGUGGACCCGGGCGCCGGACAGAGGCUGGAGGGAGGCCUAGGUGGGGGGAAUCCCCGGUGGCUGUCCGCUCCCCACCCCCACCGCGGCCACCAGUCACCGCUCCCUGGUGGGACCCCGAGGCUUGCGGGUGACCCUGGAGUGGUGGCCGCCCUGUGGCCCAGAGAGCCCGGUCGCAGGCGGGUGGGUGAGCGCAGAAGGACGCUGGCCCUGGACUGCUGUUUGAGGGGUAAGGGACCAGGUACCCCUCCCUGGCUCUGGGGGGAUCCUCCCAAAGUCCAGACUGUGGGGAGAGCGGACCCAGCUCGCCGGCUGGGAAAGGUCUCUCCAGAAGGAUCCCCCAGGAGGGGGUGGAGGGGGUCUCUGGAGAGUUGGGUGCCCUGCAGCUCCCUCAGGCCAGGCCCGGCUCCUCAUUGGUGCAGAGCAGCCGGCUUGGGGUUUGGGAAGGCCCCAGCCCCAGGGAGGCGGGGAGGGGCACUGGGCCUGGAGGGGGUGUGUGUGGCCUGAGAGCGGGAGGCCCCACCAGCCACAUCACAGCAACCCUUUCUGGGCCCCGACGCCGCCCCCCACUCCCCUGCAGUACCUGGUCCCUUCCAAUCCCCCGACCCCCAGGGCCCACCUGGCACAGGCUCAGUCCACACCCGCGUGCUGGCCAUGGGCACUUGGGGAGGACGGCAGGGCCACUGGGCCAGGGCCCCCCACCUGAGUCGCGCCACUGAUGACCACCUGUCCCAGGUGGCAGGCAGGGUCCCCACCCCAGGCCUGCAGGGGCCUGGGAAUCUGAAAAGGGACAGAGCUAGAGCAGGGGGGCUGGGGGAGCAGUGGGGAGCAGGCUGAGGAGGGCACCCCGGUGAAGGUCAUACCUUUCUGUAACCCUCUGGGGGCCAAAGGCCCAGCCCCUCCUCACAGCUCAGCACGCUGGAGCAAUCUCAGGUGCCUCACCUCACCCAGCCCCUGGGUCAGCUGAGGACAUGGCUGAGGCACUGCCGCCGCCUGCCGCUCUGGAGCCAGCCACAGACAGGCAGCGCCAGGGAGGUGUGCAGGCAAAGGCUCUCGCUCUGUCCAGCGGGCACCACUGGCGGCAGACGGCGACGGGGAGGGGCCUGCACUCUUGCGAAUCCAGAGACCGGCACCAGCUGAAUGAAUGUCCCCAGGACGUCACACUGGCCCCCUCUAUCGAUGGCCCUGUGCUAAUGAGACCAGAUGAGCAAGACGUGCUUGGCUGAGGUCCAGGCCACUGUCCAGGGACUGCCAUGAGUGUCUGUCCGCCUUGGUGUCAGCGGGAGCUGGCUCGUCCUCUGGUGGGGGCCGUCCUCUGUGGCAGGGUGUCCUGUGCCCUGGCGGGAGCACUCCUCACCACGUUGUGACAACCCACAGCACCUCCAGAGGUGGUCCCCUGUCCCCUGGGGGACACAACAGCUGCCUAUUGAGAACCGCUGGCUCACAGAACAUCUCAUCCUGUGGAUCCUGCCCAGUGUCUGUUGCAUUCGACCAAGGCACGCGUUUACAGCAAAGUCAGGGGUGGGCUUGACCAGGGGGCAUUUCUAGAAGCUUCUAGCCUGACAAGGCAUGCCCUGUGGGGAUGGAAGCCACCUCCAGGACCUGUGUAUGCGCAAAAGCAAGAUGCCGGGGUCUGGGAACCAAAGUGGAGGCCCUCUCGGCCCUGCAGUCCCCAGUCCUGGCUCCCAGAGGGUGGGGCUCCCCCAGGGCUAUGGCAGAGUCUCUGCCUGGGCCCAGAAGGACAGCGGAGGGCCACAGUUCACCCCAACCUCGCUCUUCCAAGUUCCCCUUUUAGAAAGAGGGCCCGGCGGCGCGGAGGUGCGACGGGACAGGUGCAGUGGGCAGGAGCCGGCCGAGUCCCGGGAUCCGAGCCGGGCAGGGCGGUCCCACAGCGCCCCCUGUCGGCCGCGCACGCCCAGGUCCUCGGCCCAGGCCGGGCGACUCCGAGGGGCAGGAGCGCGUGUGCGGCCCCGCCGUCCCCCAGCUGGGCCCGGGCGGGGGUCGCCGUCUGAGGCUGCGUCCGCUGCGUCAGGCGGGAGCUGGCGGGGCGCGGGCGGCACCGCGUGGGGAGGGACGGGCCAGAGUCCCCCCCAGGAGGCGGCGCUCCCAGUCCCAGCCCCAGCCCCAGCCCCGCAGGCGCCCCUCGAGCACCUGGGCAGGUGGACCCCAGCCCCGCGGUCCCAAGGACCCUGCCUACGCCCUCGCCCCUGCCCCGGCCCCGGCUCUGCCCGCGGGGUCGUCCCCCAUUCCUGCUCAACCGCCCCCAUCAGCCCCCGUCUUCCGUGUCCUACGGAGACUCCUCCUGGCUGGCCCCGAUCCCCCGCUGAGGACUCCCUAGAGUUCACUGGCGACAAGGUGGAGACUGGGGUUGCCCCUGCUGCGCGCCCGGGAUCCUGCUCCCAGCAUCCGGAACCGGGGCACCUGCCCUGUACACCUCCCGUCCUCAACGCCCCCAGCCUGGACAUGGGGGUCAGUAGUACCAGGACGGUGCACGGUCAGGGAAGGGGAACUAGGGCAGGAGCAGGACAGAGAUAUCGGCUGAAAGGUAGGGCGGGGGUCCCAGACCCUGCUGCAGUCCCACCUGAUUGAUGGCGGCUCCGCAGGGCUGAGCCGGACAGGGACGUGAGGGACACGGGAGACGUCUGUCUGCGCACAUGGAGGUGCACAAGGUGGCCCUGGGCCAGCCCCUGCCUGGGUCCUCCUGUCCCCUGGGGUGUCCUCCUCCCUGGCUGUGCCCUCUCCUCCUCCCCUCGGUACCCCACAGGGACGGGGCCUGCCUUCAGGGCUUCCCGCUGGGGUCGCCUAGUUCCCACCCACCCAUGGGUAGCUCCAUCCUCCCACAGGAGACUCAGGUGCUUGGCCCCCCAGGGCCUCAGCUGGUGUUCCCCACUUCUUUCCAUGGCCAUCCCUGUGGACUCUCCGCCAUGCUCUGACCCCACUUUCUGAGUCCCCCAAGGGCCCACACAGCCCCCGCCCCUCUGGCCUCUGCCCUUGGUCUGCACCGUCAGGACCCCAUCUCUAGGUGGUUCCAUUGGCACAUGAAGCGGAGACUGCCUGAGAGGACUGCAGUGGACAAGAGCAGCCCCCAUCUCGCCCAAGCUGAGCUGUGCCCCCUCCAGGGAUUUGGGGCCCCCUGGCCUAGGGUUAGAGGGAGAAGGGGAGAGGCAGUGAGGCUGCUGAGAGGAACUGACUCAGAAAGAACCAGAGGCGAGAUGCAGGGCCAGGCACCACUCACCACUCAGCCUGCCAAGUGGGCUGUGGCCGCCUCUGCCUGUCAGGGACCCACAGGGCAGAGUCCUACAGCAGGGCUCUUCCGAUACCCAGGUGAGCAUGACCACCUGGGGCCCAGUGAGCACAGGUGCACUGAGGUGGGGUUCAUGGGCACAGAACAGUGUGGACAUGGGGGUCGGUAGUGCCAGGACAGUGCACAGCCUGGGAAGGGGGGCCAGGGCAGGAGCAGGACAGCCAGCCACCUACCCCUGGGGGACAUCGGCACGGACAGGAGGGACGGCGUGACUGAGGAGUGGGUGAGGGGGACUAGGCCAAGUGGGAAGCCCAGGGAGGAAGCCGUGGCCCCUCAGAACGGCGCUCCCAGACCUGCAACCUCUCACCCGCAGCCAGCUUUCUUCUUGGAGUGUCUUCAUUCCCAGGUGAGGAACAGGCGGGCCCUGGGGUUUGUGAUUGGCUGUUUCCUCCAGCGAAGCCCCCGAAGAUGCCUUUCCUCUGCCCGAGGGUCCCUGCUUGUACAUCCUUUGAAUCACUGAAGAGGGGCCUAUAGGUUGGACCCCUGAAACCCGCCUGGUCAUGUCUUUAGGUUCUCACCCGAGGGAGGGGGAGGGCCCUCCCUCCCCUACUCCUCUCCUCCCCUUCUCCCCUCCUCCCCUUCUCCCCCAAGCAGCACGUGAGUCCUGUUCAGGGACAGCAGAGCCACCAGCCCAGGACCGGACCUGCUGCCUCUGCAGACCUCAGCAGCCCUGGUCACCUCCCGGCUCUGGCAGGACAGGUGCAAACUCAGUGGUAAA